GAGGGAAUGGAGCCCACUGCACUUCACAUCCAAGCAAGAAGCUGUGAGAACGUCUGAGAGCUUGAGGAGAAGAACAAGAAGAAAAAGAAGCAGCAGCAUCACCAUAAACUUCUCUCCAGCUUCUUCAGUAGCAUCAGAACCCUUAACUUUAUGGACUAAGACCCGUCCUCAGGUGAACUUCUCAGUCCAGCAGCCCUUUACUUCACACGGUUCUCCUUUGUCAUCAGGAUGCAGGCACAGCUGGCUUGUUUGAUUCUUCUCUGUGUCACAUGCGGCACACUUUGCACAGAUGUGGAGCAGGAGCAGCGAACACUCGCAGAUGAUCUUCUCACCAGCCUCCUCACCUCUAAGAUGAAAUACAAUAGGCAGAGUGCCCCCUACUGGCACGUAUCUUUAACCAACCUGUGUAGGCUGGUGGCUGGCCUGCAGCAAGAAGCGUGGAGUGGAGAGGAGAAAGAGGAGGAGGUUUCCGAGCUGAGGGAAGGGAGCCUCCAGCUGCUUGGGGAGGUCUACAGCCUCCAACACUUCUGCAGAGCACUGCAGAGCCGGGAAGAGAGGCUACUUCCAGACUCUAUGGAAUAUUCAGAGGAAAACAGUGAUGCUCCCCUGAAGCGAAAAUCCCCAUACAUCUUGAAGAGGCAAGCUGCGCACAACACCAAGUCGCGGAGGCCUUAUAUCUUAAAGCGAAGCUCGGCUUACUGACAGCAAACAUUUACAAAAACAAGAGGACCUCCCAGCCGUGAUGAUACCCUAUAUGUUUUUUUCUUUUUUUGUGUGUCUGCAGAGUUUAUUUUUUUCCAGUUAAAGUUAUAUGUCCAGCACUGAAGCCUGUCGCUACCCUGCUCCUGCCAAUAAAAACUAAAGCAUUGUACACAUAGUGUUUUCUCUGAGGAGCUGUGUU